AUGGACGCCAUCAACUCGGCCCUUGCGGCCCUCUCGAUCCAGGCCGACAAGAUUGUCAAGCAUGCCGCCUCGUCGUCGCCCGACUCGUGGAAGCAGGCCAUCUCCGACGUCGCCCAGUCCGUCGGCCUUACGGGCAAUCAGCAGUACACAAAGACGCUCGUCUUUAAGCCAAAGACGGCAAAGUCGGCCGCUCCCACCCCCGUCGUCGUCAUCGCCCGCGACGACACAGAGACAAACACAAACGCCCUCGCAAAGCACCUCAACCAAAAGGACAUGCGCCUCGCCACCCCCGAGCUCCUCAAAGAGUUCCUCGGCGCAACAAAGGACGACGUCUCGCCCCUCUCGAUCAACACCAACAACGCCGGCCCUCUGAUCGUCGCCCUCGACGCCGCGCUCGCCACCUCCUCUGACUCCUUCGCUGUCCACGCCGCAGCCGCCGACCAGACCCUCUUCAUGACCGGUGCCGAGAUUGCAAAGUACCUGCAGAGCACCGGCGCAAAGGUCGAGGUCGUCGACUUCUCCAAGCUCAAGGCCGAGGCCUCGACCCCCGUCGCCAAGGCUUCUGCCCCCUCGAGCUCCACCGCCUCCAACCCGGGCGCCACCCAGGGCCCCAUUCCCGCCGCCGCCAAGAAGAAGGCCGCCGACGCCGCCAAGAUCCCCGACGCCGAGCUCAUCGGCAUCACGGUCCGCAAGGACGGCGACUUCCCCGAGUGGUACGCCCAGGUGCUCAAGAAGGGCGACAUGCUCGACUACUACGACGUCAGCGGCUGCUACAUCCUCAAGCCGUGGAGCUACUUUGUCUGGCAGUCGAUCCAGGCCUUCUUUGACGCCAAGAUCAAGGAGAUGGGCGUCGAGAACUGCUACUUCCCCAUGUUUGUCUCGGCCGACGUCCUCGAGAGGGAAAAGGACCACAUCGAGGGCUUCGCCCCCGAGGUCGCCUGGGUCACCAAGGCCGGCAGCUCCGACCUCGAGCGCCCCGUCGCCAUCCGACCCACGUCCGAGACGGUCAUGUACCCCUACUACGCCAAGUGGAUCCAGAGCCACCGCGACCUGCCCCUCAAGCUCAACCAGUGGAACAGCGUCGUCCGCUGGGAGUUCAAGCACCCGCAGCCCUUCCUGCGCACGCGCGAGUUCCUCUGGCAGGAGGGCCACACGGCCCACAUCUCGCUCGAGGAGGCCGACAAGGAGGUCAUGCAGAUCCUCGACCACUACCGCCGCGUCUACGAGGAGCUGCUCGCCGUCCCCGUCGUACCCGGCGUCAAGUCGGAGAAGGAGAAGUUUGCCGGCGGCUACUACACCACGACCGUCGAGGGCUUCGUCCCCACGACGGGCCGAGGCAUCCAGGGCGGCACCUCGCACUGCCUCGGGCAGAACUUUUCCAAGAUGUUCAACAUCUCGGUCGAGGACCCCAACGCGCCCGAGGAGCUGCGCGGCAAGAAGGAGGGUCGCCUGCACGUCUGGCAGAACAGCUGGGGCCUGUCGACCCGCACCAUCGGCGUCAUGGUCAUGGUCCACGGCGACGACAAUGGCCUCGUGAUGCCGCCGCGCGUGGCCCAGAUCCAGGUCGUCAUCAUCCCGUGCGGCAUCACGGCCAAGACGACGGCGCAGGAGAAGGACAACAUCAUGGACACGUGCGACGCCACCGCCAAGCAGCUGCGCGCCGCCGGCAUCCGCGCCAAGGCCGACCUGCGCGACAACUACAGCCCCGGUUUCAAGUUUGCCGACUGGGAGCUGCGCGGCGUGCCGAUCCGCAUCGAGAUCGGACCCAAGGACAUUGAGAAGCAGAGCGUCCUGACAGUGCGCCGAGACAACAAGGCCAAGGCGCCGCUGGCCCAGAAGGACCUGCCGGCCUCGAUCGCCAAGCUCCUCGACCAGAUCCACGACGACAUGUUUGCGCGCGCCGACGCAGAGUACCGCUCCAGGAGGAAGGUGUGCACCGAGUGGGACGACUUUACCAAGAUCCUCAACGACAAGUGCCACGUCGUCAUCCCGUGGUGCGAGGUCGAGGCUUGCGAGGACGCCAUCAAGAACCGGAGCGCAAGGACGGCGAGCCAGGACGAGGCGGCCGACGAGCGGGCCCCGUCGAUGGGAGCCAAGUCGCUCUGCAUUCCCUUUGACCAGGCCCAGUUCCCGGACAUCAAGGGCAAGAAGUGCCCGCAGUGCGGCGUCGACGCCAAGAGGUGGACCAUGUUCGGCAGAACGCAGGAGACGGUGACUGACCUCGAACCUCCUACCUUUCUCGAUUCGUCCUCGGACCACGUCCUGUCCAAUAGGAGCUACUAG